UGUCAAGUACUAUUGUAUCUUAAGAGAAACAAAAAUAAAAUUUGAAAAUGAAAUUCGCUCUCUGUUUUGCGCUCACCGCAGCUCUUGUGGUCAGCGUUUCUGCUGACGCCGGCCAAUCUGCUUGCCGUGAUCGUGUAGAAAUCGGUCAGACCUAUCAACAUCACUUCGAUCCGGCCAAGUAUUGGUAUUGCGAAACCUUUGGUGAACCUGCUGUGGAGAAGGACUGUCCUAAGGGUAUGGCUUACAUGCACUUGCUGAAAGAAUGCAUUCCAUGGGCUAGCUAUCAAUGGAAGCCACUUGAAGAUCCACCAACUUUGGCAUAAAUGAAUAUGAAAUAAACUUAUGGGAGAAAAAACCCGGUUGUGUGAGAGGUUGCAGUUGUAAAAACAAUUUUUUGUUUCGCAUGUGGACAGGAAUACAUUUUAUGUGAGAAUUAAGUGUGCUUUCAACAUCUUGUUAAGAUUAUACUUGUCGUUGGAUCCUUAUGCUAAAACAAUUAAGUUUAAGUGCAUUUGUGGAA